CUGUCAGGAAAAAAAGAGCUGCCAGGUCACCUGCAGGGGGCAGCAGGAGCCAGAGGCCUCAGCCAGCUACUUGACCCAGGAGGCAGGCAGGGUGCACAGCGUCUGCGACUGGUGGACGGGGUAGAUGGGGUAGCCGUCUCAUGGCUUGGGCCCGGGUCUGUGCCAGCUGUUGCUGGCAGCUGGCUGAAGCCGUCCUGCCCACCGGCACUGGGGUUGGGGCUGAGGAGAGGACCCCCUUACUGGGCCCUGCCCCUGCCAGCCAGUCCCCAGGGCCCUCGAUCCCGAGGGACGCAGGUACCCCAAAUGCUGGGUUCUCCUGCCCCCCUCAUGGCUUCACCAGUAGUGACCCCCCUCUUGGUGGGUACAGGGAGGUGGACCUGAGCGCUGGUAGCAGCUCCCCAUGGGGUCCUGGAGCCACUGGGGCCUCCUGGCCCACAGCCGUCCUUCUGGCCGACCUUGAGCAGGAUGCGAGGCAGGGGGAGUGUGCCCUUCCCAGGGCUGCCCCAGCAGGCCUGGCCCCACUGAAACCCGAAGCCAGCCAGAGCUCCAGCCCUGGGCUGACCAGCUGCAUGGGGGCGAGGGUAGUGGCAGAGGCCGGGACAGGGGACUCAGGCAGUGCCGAGCCCGAGCCGGAGAUCUGUCUGCCUCGCUGCGGUGGCGGUUCUGAGACUCCAGAGUCCAGGAGAGGGCAGCCUCCAACUGCACCAGAGCUGCCGUCCGUCAUGCUGCUGAAUGGGGACUGUCCAGAGAGCCUAAAGAAGGAAGAAAGAGCUGCGGAGCUGCCCCGGGAAAAUGGUCUGGAUGAGGCUGAGCCGGGAGAGGAGACGACUGGACAGGAAGUCAUUGUCAUUCAGGACACAGGCUUUUCUGUGAAGAUCCUGGCACCUGGGAUUGAGCCCUUUUCCUUACAGGUGUCCCCUCAGGAGAUGGUACAGGAGAUCCACCAGGUACUCAUGGACCGCGAAGACACAUGCCACCGCACCUGCUUCUCACUGCACCUGGACGGCAACAUGCUAGACCAUUUCUCAGAGCUGCGCAGCGUUGAGGGCCUACAGGAGGGUUCGGUGCUACGUGUGGUGGAAGAGCCGUACACAGUCCGUGAGGCCCGCAUCCACGUGCGCCACGUCCGAGACCUGCUCAAGAGCCUGGACCCAUCUGAUGCCUUCAAUGGGGUUGACUGCAACUCCUUGUCCUUCCUGAGCGUCUUUACUGACGGCGACCUGGGAGACAGCGGGAAGCGGAAGAAGGGCUUGGAGAUGGACCCCAUUGACUGCACGCCCCCUGAGUACAUUCUUCCAGGGAGCCGGGAGCGGCCUUUGUGUCCCCUGCAGCCCCAGAACCGUGACUGGAAGCCCCUUCAGUGCCUGAAAGUGCUCACCAUGAGCGGCUGGAACCCACCCCCUGGAAACCGCAAGAUGCACGGGGACCUCAUGUACCUAUUUGUGAUCACAGCCGAGGACCGGCAAGUCAGCAUCACGGCGUCCACGAGGGGUUUUUACCUGAAUCAGUCUACGGCAUAUCAUUUCAACCCUAAGCCUGCCAGUCCCCGCUUCCUCAGCCAUUCCCUGGUGGAGCUGCUCAACCAGAUCAGCCCGACCUUCAAAAAAAACUUCGCCGUGCUGCAGAAGAAGAGGGUCCAGCGCCACCCCUUCGAGAGGAUUGCCACCCCAUUCCAGGUGUACAGUUGGACGGCCCCCCAGGCUGAGCACGCCAUGGACUGUGUGCGUGCAGAGGAUGCCUACACCUCCAGGCUGGGCUAUGAGGAGCACAUUCCUGGACAGACCCGGGACUGGAACGAGGAACUGCAGACGACGAGGGAACUGCCCCGCAAGAACCUGCCUGAGCGGCUGCUUCGAGAAAGAGCUAUAUUCAAGGUGCACAGCGACUUCACAGCCGCGGCCACGAGGGGCGCCAUGGCGGUCAUUGAUGGUAAUGUGAUGGCCAUCAACCCCAGCGAGGAGACCAAGAUGCAGAUGUUCAUCUGGAACAACAUCUUCUUUAGCUUGGGCUUUGAUGUACGUGAUCACUACAAGGACUUCGGUGGGGACGUGGCGGCAUAUGUGGCACCCACCAAUGACCUGAAUGGGGUGCGCACUUACAAUGCAGUGGACGUGGAGGGGCUGUACACGCUGGGCACGGUGGUGGUAGACUACCGUGGCUACCGCGUCACGGCCCAGUCCAUCAUCCCGGGCAUCCUGGAGCGGGACCAGGAGCAGAGUGUCAUCUACGGCUCCAUUGACUUUGGCAAGACAGUGAUGUCGCACCCUCGCUACCUGGAGCUGCUAGAACGCACCAGCCGGCCUCUCAAGAUCCUGAGGCACCGGGUGCUCAACGACCGGGAUGAGGAGGUGGAGCUCUGCUCCUCUGUGGAGUGCAAGGGCAUCAUUGGCAAUGACGGUCGCCACUACAUCCUCGACCUGCUGCGCACUUUCCCCCCUGACCUCAACUUCCUGCCCGUGCCGGGUGAGGGGCUGCCCGAGGAGUGCACCCGUGCUGGCUUCCCCCGUGCCCACCGGCACAAGCUGUGCUGCCUGCGCCAAGAGCUCGUGGAUGCCUUUGUGGAGCACAGGUACCUCCUGUUCAUGAAGCUGGCUGCCCUACAGCUCAUGCAGCAGAAGGCCGGCAGGACGGAGAGCCCCAGCACGCUGGAGAAUGGGGACUCCCUGUCCUCUGAGUCAAAGCCUGAAGAUCCCCCGGGACCUGAGGCCGGAAGUGAGGAGGAAGGGGGUGGCGCUAGUGGCCUGGCCAAGGUGAAGGAGCUGGCAGAGACCAUCGCCUCAGAUGAUGGGACAGCAGACCCUCGGAGCCGGGAGGUGAUCCGCAACGCCUGCAAGGCAGUUGGCUCCAUUAGCAGCACAGCCUUUGACGUUCGCUUCAAUCCUGACAUCUUCUCACCAGGGGUUCGCUUCCCAGAGUCCUGCCAGGAGGAAGUUCGGGACCAGAAGCAGUUGCUGAAAGAUGCCGCUGCCUUCCUGCUGUCCUGCCAGAUCCCCGGCUUGGUGAAGGACUGUAUCGAGCACGCAGUGCUGCCCAUGGACGGGGCCACGCUAGCCGAGGUGAUGCGCCAGCGGGGCAUUAACAUGCGCUACCUGGGCAAGGUGCUCGACCUGGUUGUGCGGAGCCCGGCCCGAGAGCAGCUGGACCACAUCUAUAAAAUUGGCAUCGGAGAGCUCAUUACCCGCUCCGCCAAGCACAUCUUCAAGACGUACUUACAGGGAGUGGAGCUCUCGGGCCUCUCGGCUGCCAUCAGCCACUUUCUCAACUGCUUCCUGAGCUCCUACCCCAACCCUGUGGCCCAUCUGCCUGCUGACGAGCUCAUCUCCAAGAAGAGGAACAGGAGGAGGAGAAACCGGCCUCCAGGGGCAGCAGAUAACACGGCCUGGGCUGUCAUGACACCCCAGGAGCUCUGGAAGAAUAUCUGCCAGGAGGCCAAGAACUACUUUGACUUCAGCCUUGAGUGCGAGACCGUGGACCAGGCUGUGGAGACCUAUGGCCUGCAGAAGAUCACGCUGCUGCGGGAAAUCUCCCUGAAAACCGGAAUCCAGAUCCUGCUGAAGGAGUACAGCUUUGACAGCCGCCACAAACCCGCAUUCACUGAGGAGGACGUGCUCAAUAUCUUCCCCGUGGUCAAGCAUGUCAACCCAAAGGCCUCGGACGCCUUCCACUUCUUCCAGAGUGGGCAGGCCAAAGUACAGCAGGGCUUCCUGAAGGAGGGCUGUGAGCUCAUCAAUGAGGCCCUGAACCUGUUUAACAACGUGUACGGAGCCAUGCACGUGGAGAUCUGUGCCUGCUUGCGCCUCCUUGCUCGUCUCCACUACAUUAUGGGCGACUACGCCGAGGCCCUGAGUAACCAACAGAAGGCUGUGCUGAUGAGCGAGCGUGUGAUGGGCAUUGAGCACCCCAACACCAUCCAGGAAUAUAUGCACUUGGCCCUGUACUGCUUUGCCAGCAGCCAGCUGUCCACGGCCCUGAGCCUGCUGUACCGUGCCCGCUACCUCACCCUGCUUGUGUUCGGGGAGGAUCACCCUGAGAUGGCGCUACUGGAUAACAACAUCGGGCUGGUGCUGCACGGAGUAAUGGAGUAUGACUUGUCGCUGCGCUUCCUGGAGAAUGCACUGGCUGUCAGCACCAAGUACCACGGGCCCAAGUCCCUCAAGGUGGCCCUCAGCCACCACCUGGUCGCCCGGGUCUACGAGAGCAAAGCCGAGUUCCGGUCGGCCCUGCAGCACGAGAAGGAAGGCUACACCAUCUACAAGACCCAGCUGGGCGAGGACCACGAGAAGACCAAGGAGAGCUCCGAGUACCUCAAGUGCCUGACCCAGCAGGCCGUGGCCCUGCAGCGCACCAUGAAUGAGAUCUACCGCAACGGCUCCAGCGCCAACAUCCCGCCCCUCAAGUUCACAGCCCCCAGCAUGGCCAGCGUCCUGGAACAGCUCAACGUCAUCAACGGCAUCCUCUUCAUUCCUCUCAGCCAAAAAGACUUGGAGAAUCUGAAAGCUGAGGUGGCGCGGCGGCAGCAGCUCCAGGAGGCCAGCAGAAACAGGGAAAAGGCUGAGGAACCCAUGGUCACCGAGCCUGAGCCAGCAGGGGCCCUGGAGGAUUCAGCCUCUCAGCGCCAGGCUACCAAGGACCCUUCUUCCCCGAGCUUGCAGGGGUAGAAAGGGACAGACAGAUGGACUCUCAGUCAGCUGCCCCGUUACCCAGUGAUCUAGACUCCAGGAGAAGGGGGCAUGCCCUACAGGUCGGGAGAGGAAACGAGUCCCUCUUCCUCCAUGUUUCCAACCCCAACCCCACCCCCGAGCAUCCUCCUGGGACCCUGGCCUGGCUUUCCUGCCCCCCCGCCCCAGAGGUGUUUUUGCACUGGUUCAAUGAAUAUACGAUCCAGAGGCCUCAUUGAAGACACAUGAAUGGAGUGUGUGGGCAUCAGUUCCCAGUUGGGGGGCAGGUGUCCCCUGGGGGCCCCCCAUCCUCAAGCAGGUAUGUGCGAGUGUGUCCAUGCCCGUGAGUGUCUCGAUCCGUCCUUCCUAACUUGUACAUAGCCCCACGUUGGUUUCGAGUGGGUGACGUGAAGAUGAGAUUUCUCAGGUCAUUUGUAUGUUUGACAUUAUGGCUGCUGCUUUUGCUGCCACUGCCCCUGGGCCUGACUUGGCUUAAAGUCCAGGUUUGAAGCCAAAUAGAGGGGAGCUUUCCUGUGGUCUAGGAUGGGGACUCAGAGCUCUGACAGGGCUGGAGGGUGGGGGUGCACUUUAGUUUCGUGGCAAGGUGAGAGCAGGGGCUUUCCUAGUUGUGACUGGGCCUGGCCUUGCUGUGCUCAGACUCGGGGAAGGGUGGGCAGUGGUGGUUCCCUAGACAGACACCCUGUUCCCAGCCCUGGCCUGUCCGCCCUUGGGCCCCAGCAGGAGGCAAUGCCUCCCCACUCCCUGUGUCCCAGCUGGGGCUAACCCUAGGGGCUACAGUCUGAAUGUAUUCUCCCCCUUUUAACCUGAGCGGUCUGACGCGCAUUGGGGCUGGGGUAGGUGUGGGAGGACUAGGAGGGAAUCAGGGCUGAGUUGUGGAUCCUGACAGAGAAUUGACUAGAUACAGGAGUGAUUGCCACUUGUUGGUAGAGCCCAGCUCCCUAUCUGGUCCUUGUCACACAAGCACCUCCUACAGAGAGGAGAGGAGCUCGGGGUCGUGGUGGGGGGUGACCGUGGAAGGUGGUGGGUCCCUCGAGCCCCAGCUACUCCCUCUCCUGCCCACCUGUGCCGCUUCUCUGUGCCUGCUGUUGGAGCCCUGAUGGGUCCAGGGGAGAUGGCCACCCUGGGGAGCUUGAGGGAGCUGUUCCCGGGCUGCGGCCUCUGCCUGGAGGCUUUGUGGGGAGCUGCUUCUGGAUAUGGUCUGUCCAUAUACCUUGUUUCAAAGGCAGUGGGUGUGAGCUAGCAAGCGAAGCCUCCCCACCGCUGAGCAAGAACUUUUUCUUGUUUUUAAACCAUCACGUCUUCAUUUCACAUUGGAAUAAAGUGAGUUUUUGAAACCUGCU